UCGAACGUCCGUCUAGGCUAGUCCUUCUCAGCGCGAGUCGCUUAUCACAUACGUUCUCUUAAACGACAUUCUUUCUAUAUUUAGACGAAGUCAGAACAUUCAUCAAAAACCGCCAAUAUGCUUUUCUCCGCCUCUACCACCGCCGCUCUUCUCACCCUCUUGGGUUCCGCUGCUGCGCAGAAGGUCCACGUCGUUUCGGUUGGCUCGCCCAAUGGCACUAUUGCUUUCAGCCCGGACACCCUUAAGGCGGAUGUUGGCGAUAUGAUCCAGUUCCAGUUCCGAGGUGGCAACCACAGUGUAGCGCAGUCCAACUUCGACAACCCUUGCACGCCCAUCUCCGAGCACACCAACCAGACUGGCAUUUUCUCCGGCUACCAACCCGUGGCUGCCAGCCAGGCUAUGGGCAUGAUCCCCACAUAUUCUGUCAAGGUCUCCGCCAAGACGCCCCUGUGGUUCUACUGUUCUCAGGCCAAGCACUGCCAAAACGGAAUGGUUAUGGUAGUUAACGAGAACACUUCGGCAAAUGCCACACGAAGCCUAGCAAACUUCAAGGAGAUUGCUAAGGGAGCCGCUGCCAAUGUUGCUCCCUCGGUCACUACCGGUGGUACUGCUGGUAAUGGCACCGCUUCAGGUGGUUCAGAAUCUGGUUCGGGCUCAGGAUCUGGGUCUGGCUCAGAAUCUGGAUCCGGUUCUGGAAGUGGCUCCGGCUCUGGAAGUGGUUCGGAAGCCACGAAAUCCUCCUCGGCACCUGUUGCAUCGGCUACCGCAAGCACUUCUGCGAUCCCGACCGCUGCUGCAAACAUCGUUGGUGCUUCCAGCUCGAUGGGUCUCUUUGGUCUGGUUGCUGCCCUAUUCAUGCUAUGAUCUGUCCUACAAUAGGAUAUAGAUA